UGGACUUGACCCGUAUUCCAUUGACAUUUGGCCCGUCACGAUAAACGUUUUAAUUUUUGUUGCCAGCUCGAACCGUGUUGUUUUCCAACAGACGCUUGUGGAACGUCUUUUCAUAUUAUACGUUAUUACUUUCUUACAUAAUAUUUAAUAUCUCCUCCACAAACGUGAAAAGCAAUAUCCGUAGGUUUUAUUUUUAUUUUUUAAAAACGAUAUUUAUUAAAAUUGAUCUACGGAACUCAUAUCUAUCUAUACGAAUAAUAGAAUAGAAUAGAAUUGUUUGAAACUGUCGAAAGAAAACUUCAGACAUACAUAAAGUUUUAUGAAUAAAAAAUAUGAAUUCAGAUUAUAAGUGGAGAGAGCAAACAACAUCAAGACUGAAUGGUUCAAAAGCAAGAGAUUCUGGUGAAAAUGGAUCUACCAUCAAUAACUUUGUUCGUAGACAUCAACGCAAUUUAUCAUUACCUAUCAAUAAUGUUUUUCAGCCAACAACGACAAAAGCUGAUUCUGCCUCUAUAACUACAAUGUCUAAUUCUAAAGGCAAUGGAAUAUCUUAUUCUAGUCCAGUUCACAAAAAUUACCAAGAAUCCAAUGACUGUGAUGAUUCCUCUUCAAAUAGUGAUACUGGUAGUACAGGUACUUACAUUAUUGAGAGAAAUGAUACAUCUAAUGAUAACAAAUCAGAACAAUCACCAGAUUGCGACGAUAGUGUUGAUGAUUUUAAAAAGUCCAAUUCAAUGGUCAAGAAACUACGUUCUAGUUGGGUCAAUGAAUGGCAUUCAAAAUUGAAUCAAAACAAAUCAUCUCUUUCAAGCCCAAUUCCUCUACUAAAAUCAGACAUCAAACCUAAUUCACCAAUUUUAAUGAAAAAUACAAGGAAAUCAAAUAUUCCGUUGCCAAAUGCAUCUAGUAUAAAAGACUUAAGUGAAAAUAGUGUUAAAAGUAUAAGCAGUGAUGAUGAUACCCGAUUACUUUUAAAAGAUGCUGAGAAUUGCGUAUCUAUGCUAGAAGCUAAAGUUGAAAAAACUGUUCACACUGCAAUUCAAUAUAAUCGAACUUUCAACUUGCGCCGUGAUAGAUUUGCAAAGCCGCAACAAGACACAAAUAAAAAAAGUGUAGACCCCAAGACUGCUAAUGAUAAAUCUAACUUAUACAAGCCUUCAAGCCAAAAUUUAAGUUCAUCAUUGUCGAGAGUUGAUUGUGGGCGUUAUAGUUUAAGAACAUCCAGAGUGCCUCAACCAAAUUCAUCACCGUUGUUGUCUGCUCGCAAAAAUUUAUCAUCAAAAAAAAAAUGGAACUCAAGUAUACUUUGCAACAAAGUUCAAACACCAAAUAAGGAAACAGAAUUGGAAAAUUGGAAAAGACGUAAAAACUAUGAUCCAUUAAAAGCAGCCGCACAAGGAAAGAAAAAAGAUCAUCAAAAACCGUCAUCAUUUUCCAAGGAAAAGAGUGUUGAAAAUUCUGGUAAUCCAGUUUUAAGAUCGGCAUCCUUUCAUGGUCGAGAUGGUUUUUCUCAAGAGGAUGAUAGUGAUGGGUGGGAACAAAAAAGUUUGCAUUUCUAUGAUCAUGUUGAUGAUUGGCAUAAAUUACCACAACCACCUGCUACAUCCAGAGAUCAUUCACCUCCGCCAUCCAAGAACGAAAAUCUUUCUUCAUCAGCAAAUUCAUCACUAGCUAUGUUGCCUACUCUGAUAUCAGCACAUAAUGGCUCACCUACGUUUUUGCACAAAUCAUUGUCUGCAUUUAAUAGCUCUACAAGCUCUUCUCUUGAUGUCAGUUCAAUGCCAGAUGCAUUGUUUGACGAUAAAGAUACAUUGGAUAUGGUUCAGUUAUCGUAUAAAGCCAAAAAACGUGGUAUUGAACUUAUGAAGAGAAUAAGAAAAGAGUUACCUGAAUAUGAUGAUAUAGUACUUACUAGGGGUAUUGCAAGUAUUGAUAUAAUGGAUGAUUCAUUCCAUAUUCCAAUGAAAUCAUGGGGUAUGUCAGUGUCGGCAACUAAUAUUAACUGCGUCGAUAAUAUAUUCAGAAUACUUGAAAACGUUUUAUUCAAAGACAAUGAUAGCAGAGAAAAUAAUUCAGACAACUAAUCUCCAAAUAUUUUCUUGAGUUAAGUUAUUGUUUUUUUUUUUUUUUAUUAUUAUUAUUUUUAUUAUUAUAAUGUUAUAUUACUGCAAUGCCAAAUUUACCGUGUGAUAAAAUACAAUAGUGUAAUAUUAUAUUUUAAAAUAAUUGAUAUUAGUUUUAAUUUAUUUGUUAAACAAUAUACUUAUUAAAAAAAUAUAUAAAUCAUCAGUAUUAUUAUGCUAUGUAUACAUGCAAAC